CGGACGCCCGUGGACGCUGACCGCGGACCCGGCGGAUCUCGACGGAGACCCCCCCCGGCCCGAGGGCGCGUGCGCGCGACCCCGCCGCCGCCCCCGCCCCCACAGCCCGGGCCCCGCAGCAGGGGCCGGAGCCGCCGGCGGCGGGCGGGGGGGGCGCCCCGAUGAGCCCCGAGUGUGAGGAGCCGCCGCCCCCCCGCGCAGGGCGCCAUGUUUUGGAAGUUUGACCUGCACACAAGCUCGCACCUGGACACGCUGCUGGAGCGGGAGGACCUGAGCCUGCCAGAGCUGCUGGACGAGGAGGACGUGCUGCAGGAGUGCAAGGUCGUCAACCGCAAGCUGCUGGACUUCCUGCUGCAGCCAGCCCACCUGCAGGCCAUGGUGGCCUGGGUGACCCAGGAGCCCCCAGCCAGCGGCGAGGAGCGAUUGCGCUACAAGUACCCCAGUGUGGCCUGUGAGAUCCUGACCUCGGAUGUGCCCCAGAUCAACGAUGCUCUGGGCGCUGACGAGUCCCUCCUGAACCGGCUGUACGGCUUCCUGCAGAGUGGCAGCAGUCUCAACCCGCUGCUGGCCAGCUUCUUCAGCAAGGUCAUGGGCAUCCUCAUAAACCGCAAGACUGACCAGCUCGUGUCUUUCCUGCGCAAGAAGGAUGACUUUGUGGACCUGCUGCUGCAGCACAUUGGCACCUCGGCCAUAAUGGACCUGCUGCUGCGCCUGCUCACCUGUGUGGAGCGACCCCAGCUGCGGCAGGACGUUGUCAACUGGCUCAAUGAGGAGAAGAUUGUCCAGCGGCUGAUCGAGCAGAUCCACCCGUCCAAGGAUGACAAUCAACAUUCCAAUGCGUCCCAGUCCUUAUGUGACAUCAUUCGCCUGAGCCGGGAGCAGAUGAUCCAAGGCCAGGAUGGCCCCGAGCCAGACCCACUGCUGGCCACCCUGGAGAAGCAGGAGACGAUGGAGCAGCUGCUGAGCAACAUGCUAGAGGGUGAGCAGAACCCGUCCGUCAUCGUCAGCGGGAUCCAGGUGCUGCUGACCCUGCUGGAGCCCCGCAGGCCAAGGCCUGAGUCGGUGACCAUGAACAACUUCUUCAGCAGUGUGGAUGGGCAGCUGGAGCUCUUGGCCCAGGGGGCCCUAGAGAGUGUCAUGUCCAGCAUGGGUGUCCUGCACGCCCUGCGCCCACGGCUUGGCCACUUCCACCAGAUCCUUCUGGAGCCACCCAAGCUGGAGCCUCUGAGGAUGACAUGGGGCAGCCUGGCACCCCCGCUGGGCAACACACGGCUACAUGUGGUCAAGCUGCUGGCCAGUGCCCUGAGUGCCAAUGACAUGGCUCUAACGCAGGAGCUCCUGGCACUGGAUGUACCCAGCACUUUGCUGGACCUCUUCUUCCACUAUGUCUUCAACAACUUCCUGCACACUCAAGUGGAGAUGUGUGUGAGCGCCAUGCUGAGCUCAGGGCCCCCUGCCGAAAGCAGCCCUGAGGCGCCCCACUCAAACCCCGUCGUGACACACCUGCUGCAGCGCUGCCACUUGACAGAGCGGAUCCUGACCUCCUGGGAGGAGAACGACCGUGUGCAGUCUGGAGGCGGCCCUCGGAAAGGCUACAUGGGCCACCUGACGCGAGUGGCCAAUGCCCUGGUGCAGAACACGGAGAAGGGGCCCAAUGCCGAGCAGCUGGGGCAGCUCCUGAAAGAGCUGCCAGCUGAGCAGCAGGAGCGGUGGGAGACUUUUGUGUCAGGACCCCUGGCAGAGACCAACAAGAGGAACACCGUGGAUCUGGUGAACACCCACCACCUGCACUCCUCUAGUGAUGACGAGGAUGACCGGCUCAAGGAAUUCAACUUCCCUGAGGAGGCUGUGCUGCAGCAGGCCUUCAUGGAUUUCCAGAUGCAGCGUAUGACCUCAGCCUUCAUUGAUCACUUUGGCUUCAAUGACGAGGAGUUUGGGGAGCAAGAAGAGAGUGUAAACGCACCUUUCGACAAGACUGCCAACAUCACCUUCUCCCUCAAUGCCGACGAUGAGAACCCCAACACCAACCUGCUGGAGAUUUGCUACAAGGACCGCAUCCAGCAGUUUGAUGAUGAGGAAGAGGAGGAGGAGGAAGAGGGCCAGGGCUCAGGGGAGUCCGAUGGAGAGUACGGGCCCUGGCAGGGCAGCCAUGUGGCACGGGGGUCCCGCCUGGGCCAGCCCCCUGGUGUGCGGAGUGGAGGCAGCACAGACAGCGAGGACGAGGAGGAGGAGGAAGAGGAGGAGGAAGAAGAGAAUGACAGCCAGGCUGCCAGAGGAGAGGCUGGACCCCCCUCCCACCCCAGCCCUGACUCUCGACCUCCUGGCCCCAGCUGGACGGCCACCUUCGAGCCAGUGCCUACGGAUGCCCCGACCUGUCCCCGAGUGUCUGGGGGAGAGCCGCCAUGCUCUGGGCCUCCAACCCCACAGGGGUCCCUUGAUGCACCCCAGGGCCUCCCCGUUCAGAGCCUGGCCAUCCCUCCUGCCUGCAGCGCCCUGCAGCUCAGGUCUCAGGCCCUCAUGACCCCCUCAGCACCUCAGGAAGCCGCAGAUGGCAGCCAAGUUGUGGAGCCCUCAGCCCCCUGCCAGGCCUUGGUCAGUGUUGGGGACCUCCAGGAUGCCCUCCACAAAACGUGCUCCGCUCCUAGCUCCUUGGACAGUGCAACCAGAGACCCCUCUACCUCUGUCCCAGCCUCCGGGGCCAGCCAGCCCCCCAAGACCACAGAUGGGGAGAAGAGCCCAGAGCCCAUGGGGCCUCCCCAAAGCCAGAGUGCCCAGCCCCUCGAGCCUCAGAUGCCCAACGGCUCUGCCACAACAGGGCCCACAUCCCUGGGAUACCCGUAGCUGCCUGGUCUUCUUGGUGGCCAAAUCCUCCGUCCUCCACAUGGAUUCCUGGGUGGGGCAGGCCAGGUCUCAGGAUUGGCUGCCUGCCUCCAUCCGCCCCCCCUACGUUCUCUCUGGUCUCCCGGGAGGCUGGUGCCAGGGAGAUGGACCCCCCACUUACCCACCCCCAUUUGCACUGAG